AUGAACGCUGUAACUGACACAAACUUCAGUAAAACGAAGGCCUUUCGCAAUGGAAUUAAUAGACUGAUUAACGAACUGCACUUUCCAUCCUGCGCAUUGUAUCCUCAACGGCUACGCUACCAUACAUUGAAGAGUCAUAAAAGCUAUGGCUUCGAUGAGUGGAAGUCCAUCGGGCUCAACCCCUCGUCGUCAUCGGCGAGCAGCCAGUGUGAUGGGAAAAUGCCAACAUGUGGACCAUGUGCUGCCGCUGAAACCUCAUGUGUCAUGUCGGAUAGAUUGGUGAUCCAGCACCCGUCUAUGAAUUGUGAUUGUGAUGCCCUGCGGGCCCAACUCGCUGCUGCUGAGCGACGAAGCAAUGAGCUGUCUGAAAAAUGUCAGCAGCUAGAGACCCGAUUACUGGAGGCUUUGAGUUCCGUUCGAACGAAUGUCUCCGGGAUUCCAAGUCCUGGUCUUCCAUUGCCCGAACAUGAAUCCACCGAGGCUAUAUCUCGGUCUGACGGACUGAGUGCGAACCCAGAUUGUCGCUUCCUUAGUCGGAUCCUAAGACCAACAUUCUCGCUGCAAUUUAGCACCAGGCGGGAAAGCCGCAGUGCUAUGAGCAGCGCUUGGGAGCUAUGGGGUGAUAUCGCAGAUAUCGAAGUUCCUGAAACAGAUGGCUUAAGUCUCGAUAAUGACACGUACAUCAAUCUGGCCGGCACUUUUUUCGAUAGGCGAUGGCCAUAUUUACCGAUAUUACAUCGGCAUACCUUCAUUAACAAGCACUUGACAGCCUUCCUGACGAAGUCCGAGAUGAAACCAUUGACCAAUUUUAUGGUCAACAUCGUCUGCGCCAUUGCGUCAACCGAGAAGUCAUCACCCCAAAGUCGCGACAAGACCCAUCGGGUAUUCUUUAGAGAAGCCAUAAAAGACCUGGACAUGAUUUUGAGCGGUGAAAAUAUUGAAUGUGUCCAGUGUCUGCUCUUAAUGUGCAUGUAUGGCCAUAACGAACCCCAGUCAGUCAAUAUGUGGUUUACGACCGCCAUGGCCUUGAAUUUAGCCAUCGGCCUUGACCUACACCGCAGAGAGAGCCUUUCUGGGAAAGACUUGAUGGAUGCAGAGAUGUCCAAGCGUGUUUUCUGGUGUGCGUACGUGAUUAACUGCAGCGUGGCUAUCAACAUGGGCCGGCCCUUGGGCAUCCAAGAGUCAGAUAUCAGCAUGCCCCUACCUAUGCAGCUGACGGACGCCCAGCUCAUUGAAUCCAUCCAGAGUCCCCACGUCGAAGAAUCACUGAUACCACAUGUAGCGGACACGUCAACGUUUGUUCACAUCAUUAAGCUCCGCCGAAUUAACGCAGGAGUUUACAAAACAUUUCAUUCUAUCGGUUCUGUUCCAACUGAUCCUGCUGAACUAGACCGGCUUCGCAGUGGAUAUUUUCUGGAGUUGAAUCAGUGGAUAAUUACGGCGCCGCGUUAUAUGCAGACUCUAUCUACCUUUCAGUCCACUGAGUGGUUUCAGAUUGCCUUUCAUCACGCCGUUCUUUCCCUUUAUCGUCCAUCACGUGCGGUCCCAAUGCCAUCGCCAGAUGAUCUGCGGACCUGCACCGAGUCUGCCAUUGGUCUGAUAAGCUCAUACAGCGCAUUGUAUGCGCGGAACCGCAUCAAAUAUACGUUCAUCGCAAUUCAUUCGUUGUUCUUAGCAGCCGUGACGAUGCUCUACUCUCUACGAGCGUUUGCACCCCUGCGACAAGAAUUGACCAAGCCGGUGAUUAAAACAAAUAUAUCUACAUUUCUUACACUCUUCCGGGGCAUUUGCGAUGGGCGUGCGGUCGGCGAGAAAUGUUGCAGGAUUGUUGAGCGACUUGGCCAGUCGAUUAUGUCCUUAUUCGAACAUGAAGACCAGGCAGAUUUGAGUGUUGACACCGAAUUCCAGACCUGGUUUGGACUUCGAGCGCACACGUUUCCGUCCAAGGCUAGCAACCCAGCCUCAGAUGCUUAUGCUCAUGACUCACCGUCACGGCUUCCUGACGUUCAAAUGGACCUACCAUGGGCUGACCUGUUUGUGGAAGGAAUUGACAUGAGCACGGCAGAUGUUUGGAGCGUUCUAUUUUGA